AUGAACAAUACAGACCCAAACCAUCGCAAAGGCGUCGUCGGCAAUCCAAAUGGAACCUUCUGGCUCUAUGACUCCAAAGCAGGCUUCGACCUCACGCACCCUGCGACGCCCACAUCGCCCACGCCCACGCCAAACUAUACAGUAAAGACAAACACCCUCCCCAUCACGAUCCACCCACCGAAAUCAGCCCUCGUGAUCAUCGACAUGCAGAACUUCUUCCUCUCUCCCAAUCUCGGACGGCCAGAGAAUUCCAAGGGUCUCAUCGCUCAACAGCAGCUUCUCAAGUAUGCUAUCCCGGCGGCGCGAAAAGCCGGCGUCCGCAUCAUCUGGUUGAACUGGGGCUUGACCGACCAAGAGAUCGCCGAGAUGCCGCCGGGCACUCUCCGCGCAUUCGGAUUCGAAACCGUUCUCGUCUCAGAAUUCGAAUCCUACGACAAGGUCGAGAAAAAGCAGGCAGCUGUGGACUCGCACGGCGUCAACGAGGGAUGCCACGAAUUCCCAGACCCUCAGAUCGAAACAUCGGGCAAAAAUCCCCGGCUCUACAAGGGACUGGGGAGUGAAGUUGGCCCAGUGACUCUCGACGACGGCAGCACGAUUCAAGGCGGGCGACUUCUGAUGCGUGAUACGUGGAAUGCUGACUUGACCCCGGAACUGAAACAGACGCACGAAACAGACGGCAAGAAUGCUAACCCUCCAGACGUAUGGAUCCAUAAGAACCGCAUGUCUGGGCUAUGGGGCCCAAGUACCAUGUGUACCGAGUUCCUGGAGAAAGAGGGCAUCAAGACAUUGUUCUUUACUGGAGUAAACACAGAUCAGUGUGUCGGAGGGAGUCUUCAGGAUGCAUUUUCAAAAGGCUACGAUGUGGUUCUGCUCUCCGAUGGCGCUGGGACGACGAGUCCCUCGAGCAGCCAGGACAGCAUCGAAUUCAACUGCGCAAAGACAUGGGGCUUCUGUACCACAUGCAAGGACUUCGCGGAGGGUCUGGGCCUGUAG